UCGAGCCCGGCGCGCGCGAGAGAGAGAGAGAGAGAGCAACGAGAGCUUGCGUGCCCUUGCAUUCGGCCUGUCUAUCGAUCGAUCGAUCGAUCCUCGGCCCAAAUCGGUAGUCGGGACUGAGAUUACUGACUGGAAAUCAAGCCAGGCGAGGCGAAGAAUUUGCGCAGAGACACGAGUGCGAUCGAGGCGAUUGAGGGCAAGGAUGGCGCAGGCCGCCGUAGCGAUGGACUUCUCGGUGCCCCCGGUGAUGGCGACGAAGCCUGCAGCGGGGGAGUUUUCCACCACCGCGGUCGAUAACGACGAGGAGGAUUUGUACACUCGAUUGAAGUUCCUGCAGCGCCAGUUGGAGUUUGUGGAUAUUCAGGAAGAGUAUGUGAAGGAUGAGCAGAAGAAUUUGAAGCGCGAGUUGUUGAGGGCUCAGGAAGAGGUGAAGCGCAUCCAGUCGGUGCCGCUAGUGAUCGGGCAGUUCAUUGAGAUGGUCGAUCAGAACAAUGGUAUUGUCGGGUCCACUACUGGGUCGAAUUACUAUGUCAGGAUUUUGAGUACUAUCAACCGUGAGUUGUUGAAGUCUUCUUCCUCUGUCGCCCUGCACCGCCACUCCAACGCCUUGGUGGAUGUUUUGCCGCCGGAAGCAGACUCUAGCAUCUCUUUGCUGACUCAAUCCGAGAAGCCCGACGUCUCUUACAUGGAUAUCGGAGGCUGCGACAUCCAGAAGCAAGAAAUUCGGGAGGCAGUAGAGCUUCCUCUCACUCACCACGAGCUUUACAAGCAAAUUGGUAUCGACCCACCAAGAGGAGUUCUUCUGUACGGUCCACCUGGAACUGGAAAGACCAUGCUUGCGAAGGCAGUUGCUCAUCACACAACUGCUGCUUUCAUUCGUGUUGUUGGUUCGGAGUUCGUCCAGAAGUACCUUGGAGAGGGUCCUCGUAUGGUGCGAGACGUCUUUCGUUUGGCCAAAGAGAAUGCUCCUGCUAUUAUAUUCAUCGAUGAAAUUGAUGCGAUUGCUACAGCUCGUUUUGAUGCUCAAACCGGUGCCGACAGGGAGGUCCAACGUAUUCUUAUGGAGCUGCUUAAUCAGAUGGAUGGUUUCGAUCAGACUGUGAACGUGAAGGUUAUUAUGGCCACGAAUCGUGCCGAUACUCUCGACCCAGCACUUCUUCGUCCUGGUCGUCUUGAUAGGAAAAUUGAGUUCCCAUUACCGGACAGGCGACAAAAGCGUUUAGUUUUCCAGGUUUGCACAGCAAAGAUGAACCUUAGUGAUGAAGUGGACCUUGAGGACUACGUCUCGAGACCUGACAAAAUUAGUGCCGCAGAGAUAUCUGCAAUAUGUCAAGAGGCAGGAAUGCAUGCCGUUCGGAAAAAUCGAUAUGUAAUCCUUCCGAAGGAUUUUGAAAAGGGAUAUAGAUCGAAUGUGAAGAAGUCAGACACAGAGUUCGAGUUUUACAAGUAGUUCCACAAAAUUGUAAUUUUUUUUAUACAGGUCGAAUCCAAGAUGUACACUUUUUCCCCCAACUUGGUGAGACUUUUGUUACGAUCUUAAGAUUCAGAUAAGGCAACUCAACUUCAACGGAAGGUGUAAUUUUUAGGAUUUGCCUUGAGUUGGUUUGAGCUGUAUUCUUCUUGGAGCCCGCGUCCACUUACAUUGUUCAGGCCGAGUACUUUUAUUGCAAGUACUUAAUUGAAACAUCGGGUUCAAGAAUGUCGAAGUCUUGAACUAGUCCAUUGAUCCUUUCUUUUUCAGUUCAUCUCACAUAUAUAGAAGUUUGUAUAAAAAUCUUGCUAGUUCACUUGCUUAUCUGAUACACGUAACAACAAUCCUCGAGAGUUGGGAUCUCUUCCUGGCUGUGAGUAUUAUAUAGCCAGCUAUGAGUAUACUCACAGGAUGAUCUUACGAAUUUCGUUCGAUAUCCAAACUAGAGGAGGUCUUCGUCUGGACUCUCCAUAAACUGUAUUUUGUGGAGAGUUGUAAUGUCCCCUUCAAGGUAGCUUCUGGACUUAAACAGUGCAGUGAUCAGGUGAAUUGGAACGUAAGAGAAAAGUGUUCUGUUGACAUUUGUGAACCGCGUCUUGUACCCAUUCCCCAGUCAUACUUGGCCUCGAGAAGCGUGCAACUCUUUAUGACCCAAAGUGGGAUCGUCCAACCUGCAUCGAAUGUGCCAGACCGUCGAUGAUUGCAAAUUGUCCAUAAUUUUAUCACAAUGUAUAUAUUAUAACUAUUCUCCGAAUGCUUCAGAAAAGCCCAGUGUUCUGUCCAUGGAUGUCAUCGCUUGUUUGAUCGUCUCGCCCCACCGACCUAAGCAGAGCACUGACCAAAUCAGAGCACUUGGGUUCGGUCAACUCCCGACUCAGGUCACCCACGAGAUAA